CUAAUGCAUAUAGGCCACUAUUGUUGCUCAUUAGUUUGCGCCUAGGAUUCACUAUUCACUACUCCGCACCGCUUCUACAAGACAUCAUUCAUCUCACCGAUAGCGUUACCGGAGGUCUUCAGAAGCAACAUAUUAUCUAUUAUAUAUUAUUCAGUCUUGCUUAAAAAGCCUCACUUAACAUAUAUAAGACAAUAUAUUAUUCACUAUUUCCAUCAUGUCUAUAAGCAAGGAAGAAGCCGAGGCCCGUCUUAAGGCCCGGAAGCCGAUCCCAAAGCCGAAACCCGCAUAUCUACCCGUAACCGGGUCACCGCUAACAGUUAAUAAAGACUUAUACGAUACAAUCGCGAGCGCCCCGCGUUGCUUGGCCCAAGAGUUUGUAAUUUCUAUCAGGUCAGGUAGGGCUUGGAAAGCACCCGCUGGGUCGAUUGUGCGAAUCAGCACGCCCGAGGGUCCGCAGGUUGGAGACCUAAACAUCUGGAACGCUCAUAAUCCCCGGGAGAAGUUCUGGGCGGCGCGCACGAAGCAACUCUACGCUUCUCACGUCUCAACGUACGACAGACUAUGGUCGUGUCUGCCUUAUAUGCGCCCCCUCGUGACAAUUAUAGGUGAUAGUCUCUCCUGGUACGGUGUCGAUGAGCAUGGCGGCCGCGUCCACGACUUGCUGGGUACGGGGUGUGAUGGAUAUAUCUCAAGCGUGCUUUCGGGUAAGGGAUACGACUUUCACUGCCGUUCCAAUCUUACACGGGCCGUAAUUCCCUAUGGACUAAAUGAGAGCGACGUGCACGAUGUUAUCAACAUAUUUCAAGUCACGGGCCUAGAUGAGCAAGGGCGUUACUUUAUGAAUCCUUGUCCUGCCCAGAAGGGAGAUUACAUUGAGUUCUUAGCCGAGCAGGACAUAUUGAUGGCCCUGAGUACAUGUCCUGGGGGUGACCUAUCGCUAUGGGGCUUCGGUGCCGACAGCGAGAAGGAGAUGAUCAAGUGCUGCAGGCCACUAAAGGUCCAAGUCUUCACGCACGCGGAUCCAGGUCUACUGCAGAAAAGCGGGUGGAAACCUGCAGAAAUCGCACCGUACAAGGGGAUGCAUGGCUUGGUCGUUCCCGAGGGAGAACAUGACGCGACUAGAUCGUAAAAAGUACAUUCCAACCAAUGCAAGAUAUAUAUAGUAGUGGAAGCAUAUACCAAACUCA